UGCCUAUUUCCUCCUCCUCGAGGACUUGAACUUUCCUUCUUCGUAUUUGCCGACGGCAAGGAAAGUUCUCGAGAUCACAUCCAUCAACACGAUGCAGCAUCUACUCUUCGCGGUUGUACUCGCCGAGGUCGCGGUGAUACUCGCGCUCUCUUUCAAAACGCCGAUUCGGAAGCUCCUGAUCAUGAGCCUGGAUCGCGCGAAGCGCGGACGCGGACCGGUGGUGGUCCAGACGGUUUCCGCGACGGUUUGCGUGGUUCUGGUGGCGAGCGUGUACAGUAUGAUGAAGAUCCAGAAGCGCUGGGUCGAGGAGGGUGCAACGAACCCGACGGAUGAGGUCAUCAUGUCUAAGCAUCUCCUUGAAUCGACUCUCAUGGGUGGGUUUCUUUUCCUUGGGCUGAUGAUAGACAGGCUGCACCACUACAUGAGAGAGCUACGCAUGAGAAGGAAGACCAUGGAAGUUAUAAAGAAGGAAGGAUCGGUUUUGGAAGGUGAAAAGGCCAGAGCUUCAGAUGAAGUCAAAAGCUUGAAACAAGAAAUCACGGCGCUUCAGGAAAGACAAAAGCAGCUAGCUGCUGAGAUGGAGGCAAAGUCUAAAGAAAUCCGUACUGAAGAAACAAGUGGAAUCGCUCUACAGAAGCAGUCUGAAGGGUUCCUGGUCGAGUUUAACCGGUUGUCUGAGGAAAACCAGGAUCUUCGAAACCAAUUGCACACUGUGGAUUCAAGAAUCUCGCGUUCAAGCAUCAAGAAGAAUACUUGAGCCGUCUCUACUUCCCAACAUUUAAAAAAACUUGUUUGCGAUAACGUUUGAAGUUUGUUAAUAGGGUGAUUUGUUGCUUGGUAAUUGAAUCUUGUGUUAACCAUAUGGAAGGUGAUGGAAGCAAUCAGAAGGAAUACCAAAAAAAACACAAGGAUAGGUUUGUUUCUUCUUGUCCGAGUGUUGUUAGCUAAAGUUGAAAUGAUCAAAUGAUCUAUAUCUCA